GUUUGCUUGUCAACAAGUUAGACCGAUAGCGCAAUGAACAAGGCAAAUGUGCUUUUGAUUGGAACAGGUGGGGUAGGCACGAUUGUCGCAUGCGGUCUCGUGUACAACAAGAAGGCCUCUGUAUCGGUAGUCGUCCGUAGCGACUACAAGAAGGUGAAAGAACACGGAUGGGAGAUUCAAUCAUGCGAUUACGGCCACCUGCCGGCGUGGAAACCGGAUCACAUUUUCCCCACGGUUGACGCUGCGGCGGAAGUCGGCGUCGUGUACGACUACGUGGUGAUGACGACAAAGAACUUGCCCGACGUGGUGAAGCCCGAGGAUGUGGCGGCCCCGGCAAUCACGGUUGGGAAAACCACCGUUGUUCUCAUCCAGAACGGGUUUGACCUCGGUCGGCCCUUCAUCGCCAAGUACCCGCAGAACUUCUGCCUCUCUGGCGUCUCGCAUAUCGGGUCACACAACCACGGCGGAGUCAUCAGCCAGACGCAACACGACAAGUGUCUUGUGAGCUACUUUGAGAACCCGAACCUUGGCAAGGAAGAACAGGAGGCCAAGGCAAAGGAAUUCAUUGACCUGUACAGCAAUGACAAGAACUCUGUGUCCUACUUCCCCGAUGUGAAAUGGUACCGGUAUCGGAAACUUGUCUACAACGCCACCCUCAACACAGCAUGUGCGUUAACCAGAGUGGACACAGGCAGACUUGCGCUUUCUGGCACGCUAGAGGCGGUUUCCAUCCCAGCAAUGCACGAGGUGAUCAAGGUUGCCAAGGCAGACGGGGUCGAGUUGCCGGAGGAUGUAAUCAACACUGUUGUCCAUUCGGACGACGGCGACUGGUUUAAGCCAUCUAUGCUUGUUGAUGUCGAAAAGGGAAACCCAAUUGAGCUCGAAGUCAUCCUCGGAAAUUUGCUUGUCGUUGCGAGGGAGCUCAAGGUGGAGACUCCAACAUUGGACCUUUUGUACCAUCUUUUGAAAGCUACCCAAUUCAAGUUGAAGGAAGGCAAGGGCCUAAUCGACGUUCCUAAGGAGAGAUCCAUUAGCUCUAAGUUCUACUCCUAAGGCCAUUUGUAACUUUGUAAGCUGUGCUUAAUAAAAAAUAUUAGACAAUACAAAUUUUUCAAAUAACUGUCUUACAAUUUGGACGGUUCGUCAAUCCACCAGUCCUUAGGAGAGGCCAUCACCGUUUCUGUUAGGCAUCUCGGAUCCUCUGC